AUGCACAACAAAGGAACAUCUGGAAGAGACAGUUCUGACGUUUACGAUGACGACUUGCAAUCAUUUUUUGAUUUUUCAUUCAAAGAUCCUUUUGAUGUUUUUAAGGAAUUUUUUGGAGGCAGAGAUCCAUUUUCUGAUGCAGGUUGGAGUUUGUUGAUUGUGGAACGAUAUUUGUAUCGUUGUGGUACCGUCACCUGCUGUGGAUCGUUUCUGACGGGGACCGUCGGCGUCGAAUCACUAUAUUGGGAGAAUAGCUGGAGAGUGUGGUCGAAUCUAUUGGACAGUUCAUGGCCUGAGAAUGUUAAAAUCCGGGAUUGGACAUUUGAUGAAACACGUUACAUCAAGAUCAUGACAAAGACUAGACAAGAACUUGUUCGAUGA